AUGAAGUUCACCACUGCAGCUGCUACCCUCUUUGCUGGCCUCGCCGCCGCAGCGCCGUCAACCAAGGCUGCCCGCUCCGAAUACGUGCACCUUACUUUCUGGGCCGCCGCCGACAACACUGUAACCUACGACGUGCCCAUUGACGGAUCAUCGACCACCAUCUACAGCGAGCUUUCCUUCACCUCCAUCUCCGCGGACUCCCCCGGAAACACAGUCUGCCACAGCUACGGCGUCGAUGGCUCUGACACUGUGCUGUACGGAAGCGCCUCUGAUGUCCCUAUUGGACCUCCUCAGGAGCAGACCUAUGCUACCUGCCAGUACCUUUAA